GAGAAGAGCAGGAAAAAAUGUUCUGACACACACACACACACACACAAACAAACAGACAGAUCUUCAAAGCCGAGGCUUUUCAUAGACUGCCUAUUACCUAAAGAGAUUACAUCUGGGGCCCUGCUCUGAAUAAAUAAGGUGAGAAGAGUGGCAGAGCUCAGUCACUACAGAGAGGGAGAGAUUCAUCUUACUCUACCUCAGGACCCACAACUUCAACUUCGCUAAAGAGCAGGACACACAGGACGGACUCUUCACAUACAGAAGAGGAACGGGGUGGAAGAGAUACGCUCUCGUCUCUUUUACUGCCCACACAGACUCACUAGCAGUGGGACCUGGGAUUAUAUGAGUUUUGGAUUCUUGCAUCUUCUGUCAAGAGCAGAUCUGCAAUUCCUGAUUCAGGCUUCUGACAUAUUUUUUUUUCUUUAAAAGACAUUUUUCUUCUGCCUGAUAUUCUAAGGUGGCCUGGAGCACUUUGGCAAGGACUCUGGUCCAUCUAGAAGGGCAAGAGGGUGAGUGAACCGAGUUAUGGAUGUUGACAUCUUCCUUUCAGACACGAAAGGAACCAGGUCCAGAGUAGGAAUUGACACUUACGGCAGACGCUCGGGGCUCUGCCCCCUGUCCUCUUCCCUUCUCCCAGGCAGCUCUCCAGCAUGUACCUUUCUGUGAGGCUCUUCCCAGUCUUCCACCCUCCAGUACAAUGUGCACAUGGCAAGUGACUAAGAGUGCCGCAGCCUGGGUUCGUGUGUCCUACCUGUUCUCUCUGCUGCUGCUACUCGUGCUCGCAAUCUCGGCUCUGCCCGUGACGUGCCACGAUGCCCGCAGGGCCGCACGUACCUCCAGGGUAUCCAACAACUCAUCCGCGACCGCGGUGGUGGUGGGCCGGCAUGUCCGCAGCUACAGCCACCUCACAGGAGAUGUGCGUCACAGAAAGCUCUUCUCCUACCAGAAGUUUUUUCUUAGGAUUGAUAAGAAUGGCACUGUCAGUGGCACCAAGACCAAGGACGAUCCAUUCAGUAUACUCGAAAUCAAGUCUGUGGAUGUUGGCGUCGUGGCAAUUAAAGGCCUCAGUAGCAACUAUUACCUUGCAAUCAACAAGAAAGGGGUGGUGUAUGGAGCGAAGGAGUUUGGCACUGACUGCAAGCUGAUAGAGCGGAUCGAGGAGAACCGGUACAACACGUAUGCUUCUGCAGAGUGGAAAAACAAGAAGAGGCACAUGUUUGUGGGUCUGAGCGCCAAUGGCAAGCCAAUGAGGGCCAAAAAGACACGGAGAAAAAACACAGCCACGCACUUCCUGCCCAUAGCCGUACCAUAGGACCUGUAGUCGGGAAGCUUUCACUGCACUGAGGAAACACUUGGAACUUUUUUACAGUAUCAUGAGAUGUCUUUGAAGGACAGCACUAUGUACAGUACUAAGCUGAACUCUUCGCUGAUAUAUAUAUAUAUAUCAUAUAAGUAUAAAUUAUUGGCACCUGAGAUAAUAUGAGACACUAAAACCCUUUAAUAGUACAAUGGACCACAAAGCAUAUAAGGACAACAAGGCAAGGCAAAUGCCCCCUUCCCACCUUCCUGAACAACCUAAAGAGACAUUUCACAGAGUGCAACACAUGUAUAGUGUUUAAGUCUGUGUGGGUGUGUGUGCGACCUUCACACACAGUUAUUUAUGCUAUACUUGUAUAGUAUGUUAAACUGACUUUCCGUAAUGGACUCACUGUGCUCUGGCAUCAAAUGUAUGGAUCUUGCAAACCUGUAUGGAUCUUGGGUUGAGACACAGGGACGAAGUUCAAAUCGCUGGACUUAGCCAAGCAUAGCAUAAAACAACUCUAACAAAAUCCUUAUUAACAUGCAAAGCCACUGUAUUUGAUAGCUCCAUUCUUUACCUGACUGCUUUGGAAUAAAUUAUUUAUUUUAUGUAAUAUUUAAAGGGACACAAAGACAAAAAAAUAUAAAAUGGACAUUUUUAUCAUUUAUGCCCCUCUUUUGAAAGCUAUUCUAUCGGUAAAACAUAAAAUAAUAAUAAAUAAAUAAAUGAAUAAAUAAAUAAAUACAUUUCUGUUUACU